CGCAAUCCUACACCGAAUCGACUCGUUGAUCCUCCCGACUCCCGCAGACUAUAAAAUCAACGCGCGGAUCUCCUCUUCGCCUAUCACCAAACGCUCCAAACCAAUCUCCCGAUCGAGAGAGAGCAACUCGGCGUGGUCGUCGUACAUAGCACCGUAGCAAGCAGCGCGAUGGCAUCGGCGGGUUCCGGCGACGAGACGGCGGCCGCGGCCACGGCCACGGCCACGAUCACGCUCAUCAGCUCGGACGGCGUGCACUUCACGGUGCUGGAGGCGGCGGCGAACCUGUCCGAGACCAUCCAACACAUGAUCGAGGACGGCUGCACCGACGGCGGCAUCCCGCUCCCCAACGUCACCGGCAGCAUCCUCGCCAAGGUCCUCGAGUACUGCAACAAGCACGCCGCCGCGAGCGCCGGCGGCGAAGGCUCGUCCUCGUCGUCGGACAAGGAGGAGCUGGACAAGUUCGACAAGGCGUUCGUGGAGGUCGACCAGGCCACGCUGUUCGACCUCAUCCUGGCCGCCAACUACCUCAACGUCAAGGGGAUGCUGGACCUCACCUGCCAGACGGUCGCCGACAUGAUGAAGGGAAAGUCGGUGGAGGAGAUCAGGCAGACGUUCAACAUCAAGAACGACUUCACGCCGGAGGAGGAGGCGGAGAUCCGCAAGGAGAAUCAGUGGGCCUUCGACGAUUAGAUUUAGAUUUAGAGGCCGCACGCUCAAGUUCAUUAUGUUUUAUUAGCCCGUCAGGUUGCUUCUUUAAAAUAGUUAUUAUAAUUGUUUGCUUCUUAAUGUACUAGGUAUAAUAACGGAUUAAUAUCAGUCAUAAUUCUUCUACCCU